AUGGCACUGGACAGCGAAACAGCUAGCACGGAUGCUGCCCCUCUGAAGGCAGUCCUUGAUAACCAAAAACGUAUUUUGGAGAACCAAGCCAAGCAAUUGCAGAGUAUGGCUCGAUUGCAGACCACUAUGGAUUAUGUGAUGGAAUUGCUGACCAAUGACGAUCAACCACAUAAGGCAGUUGGGUUAACGGAACAUGCCACUGAAAACGUCGUUUCCCCUGUUUCCUGUUUGGACGAACUGAAUGCAUUGGAGACAUUGUUGGGUGAAGAGAAACGAAUGCAGCAAUUUUUAACCGGAAUGACCUUUAUUUGCGCCAAUAAUGGAAAAGCUCAUGGAAUGGACUGCUGCUACAAAUUGAUCGAUUACUUUUUCACGCGACAGUUUCUAACGCAGUGCUCAUGGACAGGAGCAGCUAGACUGACUAAUAGCAAUGCUGAGCGACGUGACGGAGAACCAUCGAUGUCCAAUGAUGCUGGAGGAAAAGGAUCGUUGAAAUGUUUCAAGAAAGUUCGUAAACUGUUUUUAAAUCUGAUUCUGCGUGCAGAUAGAGACUUUUCGGAAGUGAACUGCGAAAAUUUUUUUAAAACGGUUUUGAAGAACAGCAAACAAAUAACAAUUUCUAAAUGUCAAAACUCAAAGCAUAAGAACCGACCAAAGAACUUAAAGUAUAAAUCAAGCAAACAAAACGAUGAAAACCAAGCGAAUCAUAACUUUACUAUUGAAGGUGAACAUGUUGAGGAAGAAGAAAAUUAA